GGCUCCUGAUCAUCCGUCACAUCAGCUCCGCAAUACCGGCAGGGGACGAACAGGAAAUUAUAACUUAAAGACAGCUGUACGAGUGUUCGCUCUCUUUUAUUUGUGAGGACCAAGUGUAUUCCCGUAAUCCAACUACCUGUAUUAUUUCUCCCACCUAUUUUUCCGCGGAGACAAUGCUUCAGUGUCUGUCUGGAAGUUCGUGUGCGCGUGUCAUAGAAUGUUACAGGUCUACGUGGUAUUUCUUGGUCUUGGUACUGGCGUAUGUGUUGUAUCUGAUAUUCGGGGCUUUAGUGUUUUCCGCCGUAGAACUGCCGUAUGAAGAGCAGCUUCGGCAGGAGCUUCGGAACGUGAAGCAGCGGUUUCUAGAAGAUCAUGAAUGUCUGUCCGAAGAAAGACUGGAGGAGUUUCUCAUCAGAGCUUUGGAGGCGAGUAAUUACGGAGUGUCGGUUCUCAAUAAUGCUUCUACUAACUGGAACUGGGAUUUCACAUCAGCGCUCUUCUUCGCCAGCACUGUGCUUUCCACGACAGGAUAUGGCCACACCGUUCCUCUGUCAGAUGGUGGUAAGGCCUUCUGCAUCAUUUACUCAGUGGUGGGAAUCCCGUUCACCCUCCUGUUCUUGACUGCGGUGGUCCAGAGGCUCAUGGAGUUCAUUUCCCGCAGGCCCGUGGAGUACCUGCACCGGCGCUGGGGCAUGUCCAAACCUCUGCUGGCCGCCAUGCACGCCUCCCUGUUGGCCAUUAUAAUCGUCUCCUGCUUCUUCCUCAUACCUGCCAUCAUCUUCUCAGUACUGGAAGAAGACUGGAAUUUCCUGGAGUCCUUCUAUUUCUGCUUCAUCUCUCUUAGUACUAUUGGCUUAGGUGACUAUGUACCAGGAGAGGGCUACCAUCAGAGAUUCAGACAACUCUAUAAAUUGGGCAUUACAUUGUACCUGAUAUUGGGCUUGAUCGCGAUGCUGGUGGUUCUGGAAACCUUCUGUGAACUUCAGCAGCUGAAGAAGCUCAGGAAAAUGUUCUACCUGAGGAAACAAAAAACAGAGGACCAGCUAAACAUUGUGGAUCAUGAUCACCUCUCAUUUGCAUCGGUGUCUGACCAGGCAGCCUCAUUUAAAGAGGAUAAGACUGAUACAUUUCCUGAUGACAUAGCCUCCGCCUCACCUACUACUGCCAAUGGACCAAUGGACCGAUGAGACGUGCUGAAAUUCUGUGUCUAGAAACCUGACACGUUAAUGUUUCUGAAACAUCUCCGCUAAGAGCAUAAAUGUAGUGUAAUUUGUUAGUGUACUCUGCUGUCAAGUUAACUUAAACCUACCAUAGAUAUGAAUACUUGAAACACAGUCUGAAGGUAAUUUAUUGUGGAAAAGGAUUGUAUGAAUUUGUAAAAUACAUAAUAUCAUAUAACAUUAUUGUUCAUGCUGCUCCUAAACUGAAAAACAUUUUGUGACCAGGGUUUAGUGUGUAUGUGUGUGUGUAACAGAUAAAUCCAUCCAUGACUUCUGAAUAUAAAUAGUUAACUGGUAAGUGGUCAUAGACUAGCAUUACACACUUCAUAUGCUGUUCUUAUUAGGCGACUUAAAGGGGAAUCCAAAUCUUGUAUUAUAGUUUACAGAUGUAUUAAUGGAAAUCAUGUUUUUUUUUUACUUUAGAUAAUUAGAAUAGACAGGGGCAGGUCCCUGAUGACAUUCUUAGUGAUACAUUCUUUAAUUAACUUUAAUUAAGGGAAUUUAAAUAUAUAUAUUUUUUAGUAUAGGCAUCAGACAAUCAAAAAUCUGUGUAUUUAAUUUCUUUACGUUGGCUUUGUUGAGUCUUCUGCAGUUGCAGUAGACAUUGUCCACCACCUAAAGGUGCUGUUGUGCAUUGAGUGCCAUUACUGUUGUACUGUAAGCCAAGAACUUAAGUCACAUCAGUGCAUUGGUACGUUCUGAUGAGUGACUGGGUAUACAUUAUUUUAUCAUUAAUUUGUAGUUUUCAUUUUCAUAUUUUAAUUUUAUUGCACAUGCGUAAAGAUACUGAAAGCUGUGCAUUUAUUGUAUGUUUUGACUCGCACUUUAACAAAACAGAAUAAACUGGAGAUUUUGGUUAUU